AAUGCACUGACCCACACUAUUGCCCUCUCUACUCUCAACUUCUGUGGUCCCAAUGAGGUCAAUCAUUUCUACUGUGACCUACCACAGCUCUUCCCGCUCUCCUGCUCUAGCACCCAACUCAAUGAGCUGGUGCUCUUUGUUGCUGGGUUCAUAAUGGCAGGUACUUUUCUAUUUCUCAUCAUCAUCUCGUACAUCCACGUGGCAGCAGCAGUUCUACGAAUCCGUUCAGCGGAGGGCAGGAAGAAGGCUUUCUUCACAUGUGGCUCCCACCUCACUGUAGUUUGCCUCUUCUAUGGGACAGGAAUCUUCAACUACAUGCGCUUGAGUUCAGAGGAGGCCUCAGACCAGGAUAAAGGGGUUGGGGUCUUCAACACUGUCAUCAACCCCAUGCUGAACCCACUCAUUUAUAGCCUCAGAAAUUCUGAUGUUCAAGGUGUUCUGUGGCAGAUACUUGGAGGAAAGUGGUCACUAACCUGA